AUGUCGGGGAAAGGGGCCAUGUACGCGAAGAUGACCGGGAUCUUCGUCACCUUCGCAGUCGGCGGACCAGCUCUAAUGUACUACGUCACACCGGCCGAAGGCGAACUGUUCAAACGCUUCAGCCCGGAACUGCAGAAACGCAACCUGGAGCUGCGCGACGAGCGGAUGAAGAACCACCAGGAAUUCGUCGCCCAGCUGAAGGAGUACAGCAAGUCGGACAAACCCAUCUGGGUCGCCGCCGCCGAGGCCCAGGCCAAGGCCAGGGAGGAUGCCCUGAGGAGUCAGGACGAGCAGCACGCCGCCCAGGAGAAGAUGCGUUUGGAGAUGAGGGCGCAGGCCCAGGGGAGAUGA